AUGGCUGCCGGCAACAGCAACAACACAGCUGCCUCUGCAUGGCAGACCUUUGUCAUCGGCACGGUCUACAUCGUGACAAGUUCCACGUUGAUUUCCUUCAACAAGUUCCUGAUGCAGCCCGGCAGGUUUUCUCACGCCGUGCACCUUACCGCGAUCCAUAUGGUCGUGACGCUCGUUCUGUCACUCAUCUUCUACCAGCUGGCGCCACAGUACUAUCCCUCCAUGAGCAUGGCAAGGGCCAACCUGGGCCAAGUGGCCAAGUGGAUCGCGCCUUUGGGCUUCCUCUUCGCGGUGGCCCUGUAUUGCUCGAACGAGGCCUAUAAGUUCUCCUCCGUGGCCUUCCUGCAGUUCUGCAAGCAGGGCAAUGUGGCCUUGAUGUUCUUCAUGUCUUGCAUCGUGGGAAGUCAGAUCUUCAGCUGGCACAAGCUGGCAGUGCUGUCGGUGGUCGUUGCGGGAUGCACCAUGUGCGCCCACGGCGAAGUCCACUUUGUGCUCGUUGGCCUAGUGCUGCAGCUGGCCUCGCAGCUCACGGAGUGCUCCAAGAACCUCAUCGGGGAGGCGGUCAUGGGAGGCUCCGGGCUAAAGCUGGACGUUCUCACCUUCGUCCUCUUCCAGGCGCCCUUCUCUCUGCUCUUCUUGUCGGUGGGCGUGGUGGUUUCCUGGACGCCUGACGUGCUGGAAGACUUCAAGAAGCAUUGGCACUGGGUGCUGGUCAAUGCCUGCAUCGCCUUCCUGCUGAAUGUGCUCAUCGCAGUGACUCUGAAGAAGCUCUCCGCCUUGGCCUUCGUGAUCAUCGGUGUGGUCAAGGACAUGGUCAUCGUAUCUUCUUCCGCGCUGGUUUUCGGCGACCCCAUCUCCCAAGCGCAGCAGAUCGGUUUCUGCGUGACCAUCGCCGGGGUGCUGAUGUGGAGCCGCCUGAAGCUCCAGGAGCAGGCAGAGCGGCAGCAGGGCGAGCGGCUGCCGCUGGCCAAGGUUUUUGCCUACAUGGCCCAGAAACUCAGGAGAGACGCGGUCACCUGUCUUCCCAAUGGCAGCGAUCUGAAGGCUCUGGGAAUUGCCGACGAUGGGCUUGUUGAGGACGUCUCCAUGGCUCAGCCCAACCCAGAGUGGGCCUGGAAGGCGGCCAUGUUCGCGAUCCCUGUGCCUUUGUCCGGCGGCAAGCGCGCGGGGGCGCCACAGCUUUGGCUCGCCGAACCGGACACUUUUCCGGCCGACGCCGCGGCUCGGCCGGGCAUCUUUCAUGCGGCACGCAGCAUUGCGAGCCAGGAGAUGACCGUAGGCCUGCCGGCGCCGGGACGAAGGACCCGCUUGCCCGACGCUUUUGACAACGAGCGAUCGCUGUCAAAGGCGCGGAGUGCCGCGGAGCUCAGCUCCCGCUAUAGCUCCAAGUCCAGGAGCGCCAGCAAGUCCAGAUCUGCAGUGGCGCUGCCGAGCAUCGUUCCCUCGGCCGCCUCCUUCGAAGACCUCCUCGCCAGCGCCCAGCGCCGCGCCGCGAAGAAGCGCGCGGAGAAGCGGAAGACGGAGAAGCCCCAGCCGGAGCUGCUGCCCAUCGUGGAUUUGACGUAUGUGAACCGCAACACCAUCUCGGGGUACACGUCGCUGGUGGAGGUCAUGACGGAUUAUAACGACCUCGUCAUGGAGGAGGACAGUGCAGGGGAUCACAUGCAAUAA